ACAGUGAGAGCCACAGGGUGAUUCAGAGGUCUGGCCAGAUGGGACCCAAUUUCACCUUGCAGAAAAUGUUACCCAAAUGGAAGGGCAAGUCCGGGAUGCAAGAAGGAGGGUGGACCCUGCAUGGGGACUUCCCCUAAGUCUUAAGCCCUCAGUUCCUGAGAGAAGAACCCUGAGAAACAGACGUUCCCUGGUGGCCCUGGCACCUCCAAGCCCAGACAUGCUGCUGCUGCUGCUCCUGCUGCUGCCCCUGCUCUGGGGGAGGGAGAGGGUGGAGGGAGACAGAAAAUAUGGGGAUGGUUACUUGCUUCAAGUGCAGGAACUGGUGACGGUGCAGGAGGGCCUGUGUGUCCAUGUGCCCUGCUCCUUCUCCUACCCCCAGGAUGACUGGACUUACUCUGACCCAGUUCACGGCUACUGGUUCCGGGCAGGAGACAGACCAUACCAAGAUGCUCCAGUGGCCACAAACAACCCAGACACAGAGGUACGGGCGGAGACCCAGGGCCGAUUCCAACUCCUUGGGGACCGAUGGAGCAAUGACUGCUCCCUGAGCAUCAACGACGCCACGAAGAAGGACAGGGGGUCGUAUUUCUUUCGGCUAGAGAGAGGACGCAUGAAAUGGAGUUACACGUCACACUUGAAUUACAAGGCUAAGCAGCUGUCUGUGUUAGUGACAGCCUUGACCCAGAGGCCUAACAUCCUCAUCCAAGGGACCCUAGAGUCUGGCCACCCCAGGAACCUGACCUGCUCUGUGCCCUGGGCCUGUGAACAGAGGAUGCCCCCCAUGAUCUCCUGGAUUGGGACCUCCGUGUCCUCCCUGGGCCCCACUACUGCCCGCUUCUCAGUGCUCACCCUUAUCCCAAAGCCCCAGGACCACGGCACCAGCCUCACCUGUCAGGUGACCUUGCCUGGGACGGGUGUGACCAUGACCAGGACCGUCCAACUCCAUGUGUCCUACCCUCCCAGGAACUUGACCGUGACUGUCUUCCAAGGAGAUGACACAGCAUCCACAGCCCUGGGAAAUGGCUCAUCUCUUUCAGUCCUGGAGGGGCAGUCUCUGCGCCUGGUCUGUGCUGUCGACAGCAAUCCCCCUGCCAGGCUGAGCUGGACCCGAGGGAGCCUGACCCUGUGCCCCUCACAGCCCUGGAACCCUGGGCUGCUGGAGCUGCUGCGAGUGCAUGUGAAGGAUGAAGGGGAAUUCACUUGCCAAGCUCAGAACCCUCUGGGCUCCCAGCACAUUUCCCUGAGCCUCUCCCUGCAGAACGAGGUCACAGGCACUGCAAGACCUGUAUCAGAAGUGACACUGGCAGCAGUCGGGGGAGCUGGAGCCACAACCCUGGCCUUCCUGUCCUUCUGCAUCAUCUUCAUCAUAGUGAGGUCCUGCAGGAAGAAAUCGGCAAGGCCAGCAGCUGGCGUAGGGGAUAGGGGGAUGGAAGGUGCGAAGGCCGUCAGGGGCUCGGCCUCUCAGGGACCCCUGACUGAAUCCCGGACAGAGGGCAGUCCUCCAAAGAAGCCUCCCCCAGCUGUUGCCCACUCAUCAGGGGAGGAAGGAGAGCUCCAUUAUGCAACCCUCAGCUUCCAUAAAGUGAAGCGUCAGGACCCGCAGGGACAAGAGGCCACUGACACACUGAGUCAAGCAAUUGGCAGACCAGGCACACCUUGGCAGUAAGUUUUCAGGAAAUAAAUUCCUUGAGGGCAUUGACUUUUACAAAAGAGGGAGCAGCAAUGGCCUAGAGUCUCAGGAACAAGACAGAUGCACUGAGGAGAUGAAGGCCGGAACCCCCUGCCCAACCUGUAUGGUGGGUUUGUACUUAUUUUGUUUACCCCCAAUUUUAAAAAUAUUUUUUUAAUUGCAGAUUGUUUGUUUGAUAUGGUUUGGCUGUGUCUCCACCCAAAUCUUAUCUAGAAUUGUGAUCAGAAUUAUAAUCUCCAUGUGUUCGGGGAAAGACCUGGUGAGAGGUAAUAGGAUCAUGGGGGUGGUUCCCCCAUGCUGUUCUCCUGACAGUGAGUGAGUUUUCACGAGAUCUGAUGGUUUUAUAAGUGGUGGUUUCCCCUGCUCUUCUCUCUUGCCUGCCACCAUGUAAGAUGUGCCUGGUUCCCCUUCUGCCAUGAUUGUAAGUUUCCUGAGGCCUCCCCAGCCAUGUGGAAUUGUGAGUCAAUUAAAUCUCUUUCAUCUAUAAAUUACUUAGUCUCAGGUAUUUCUUAAUAGCAGUGUGAAAACAGGUUAAUACAUUGUUCUUUGAAAUUUAAAAACAGUGUUAGCUUUUCAGUUGAAUCACGCAGCUCUUACGUGUGCUGUUCCAUGAGUUUUGCCAAAUAUGCACCCCUGUGUAACAAGCUCCUCAAUCAAGGAUAGAGAAAUUUUCCUUCACUCCAGGAAGAUCCUGGUGUCCUUCUCAGUCAAUCCCCAGCCCUGAGAGCCACCACUUUCUGAUUCCUGUCACCAGAGGUUAUUUUCCAUGUCCUUGAACUUCCUAUAAUUGGCAUCACCCAGUAUGUAUUCUUGUGUCUUUUUUCACUCAGUGUUGCAUUUUUGUUGUUGUUGUUGUUGUUGUUGUUGUUGUUGUUGUUUGAGACAGAGUCUCACUCUGUCACCCAGGCUGGAGUGCAGUGGCAUGAUC